UUCUUUCCAAUCAGAUUGAUGUGAGAGUGACGGACAGGAAGUCCUUAUCUCGUGACAGGAGAGGUCAGCUCGUCGAGUGAGGGAUCCUUUUGUUCCAGGUUUCCUGACGCAAGUUACUAAGAGGCGAAGCCCCAGUCUGCCAUGUUCGCUGUUCUCCUAUUCUCCCUGGUCCUUUUCUACCACGGGGAUUCAGCCUAUCGUAUCGUCAACCGACCGAACAGUCUUCCUGAAGAUGGAGACUACUGGAUGUCAGAAAUGAAGAAUGUUCUUGAAAAGAAGAUGAAGACCGGAAUGCCCAAUACGAAGAGAGCAAAGAACGUGAUCAUCUUCGUGGGAGAUGGGAUGGGACUUCCCGUUACUGUCGCUUCUAGGAUCUACAAGGGACAGCUGCAGGGUUUGCCUGGCGAGGAGACCAGUCUCAAAUUCGAGACCUUCCCUUCCACUGGACUCAUUAAGAGCUAUUGCGUAGAUCGUCAGGUGCCGGAUUCAGCAUGCACGGCGACGGCUAUGUUCUCGGGGAUCAAAAGCCGAUAUUACACGAUGGGCGUCGACGUCCACACCAACUUCGAUGAUUGCCAGUCCUCCCUGGAGAACGCUGACUAUCAUCCCGACUCCAUCAUCGUCUGGGCCAAGGAACAGGGAAAGAAGACAGGUCUGGUGACGACAAUGAGGGUGACGCACGCGACACCAGGAGCCCUGUACUGCCAUACGCCCAACAGGGACUGGGAAUGCGAGGAGUUUAUGCCACAAAAUGCCAAGGAUAAAUGCCUCGACAUCGCCAGACAACUCAUCGAGAAGGAACCCGGGCAAUACAUGAAUGUAAUCUUGGGAGGGGGUCAGAGAUACUUUCAACCGGAUAUUCCUGGUGCUUGCAAACGGAUAAAAAACGUGAACUUAACCCAACUUUGGAUCGAUCAGAAGAAAAGGCUCAACCUGACUUGGGCUUACGUCAAGACUAGGGAAGAGUUGAUGGCCGAUGGGAACGAGAAAAAGGAUCAUGUCCUUGGUCUUUUUGCUGGCAGUCACAUGUCCUACGAAUUGGAUAGACAGAAGAAUCCCUCAUCGACACAGCCAAGCAUCCAAGAAAUGACCCGUUUUGCCAUCCGAAAUAUGAAGAACGAUCAGGGAUUCUUCCUCAUGGUUGAAGGAGGGAAUAUCGACUACGCCCUCCAUGACGUGAAUGCCAAGAGGGCAAUGGUGGACUUGCUGGCCAUGGAAGACGCCGUGGCAACAGCCAUGAAGGAAAUGGAAUCCGAACUGGACGAGACCCUGAUCAUCGUGACGGCAGAUCAUUCUCACGUGAUGACCAUCAAUGGCUACCCGAAAAGAGGAAACCCUAUUUUGGGAAUCUCUGAAGUUUCUGUGGCGAUGGACCUACCUUACACAACGCUGAUGUUCACGAACGGUGGCUACUGGAAGUACAAAGUUGACCCGAAGAACAGCAGCCAGGUGGUCUGGCAAAAUUUCACUCAGGAAGAAGCGAUGAAGGACGACUAUCAUCAAAUGCAGGCCGUGUAUAUUGGCGGAGACCUAGCAGAGACCCACGGCGGAGAAGACAUCGCUGUCUAUGCAACAGGGCCUUGGUCGCACCUUCUGGUGGGAGUCAAUGAGCAGAGUUACAUCGCACACGUCAUGGCCUAUGCUGCCUGUAUUGGACCCCACAAGACUCGGGAUGGUUGUGAUGAACACAUCGCAGCAGCCUCCAACCCUGAUACCACCGACCCCGAUCUUAUUGCCGCCUGGAUUGGGCUCUACAAGACUCGGGAAAGUUGCGAUGACGACAUCACAACCUCCAUCACUGACGCAGCCAACGUCGCUAAAGUUACUAUCGUCACCGAAGGCAUCGUCGUCACUAAAGCCACUAUCGUCACCAAUGGCACCGUCUUCACUUGUCACUACCGUCACUGAAGGCACUGACCGCCUCAAACAUCCCAGACAAGGCUGACCGAUUCUCAUCAGCCUCUAGUUCUCACUUCUACCACUCAUCACGAUGUUACAAUAGUUAAGGCACUUGAUUACAGGCGAAUAGAGAUUCACGAGUUUGUCACGGUGUUGCCAGUCAAUUACUUAUCAGUCCUCGAACAUGCUCCCGUAACCACAUUGAUUUCACAAAUGUCUCCCUAUUGAGAAGAAAUGAAAGAGGUUCACUCAA